AUGGGCUGGAUCGCUGACGAUACUCCAGCCUUCCUGUCGUCGCUGCGCGCCAACCUGCAGAUGUCGGCGUCGUACCCCGAGGAGCUGUACAGCCCGCUGCCCACCACCACCACCAUCACCACAUCAACCACCACCACCACAACGCUCGACAGCACGUCUACUCCGCCACUCCGGCCACCCCACACCACUCCCCCAUCCACCGGCGAAAAGAACACCCUGACUAUACCCUCCUCCUCCUCCCCAGCUAUUACCAUCGGCCCCGCAGUCACCGACGACGACACCGCGGCGGCGCUGGCGCUCAUCGCCGCCAGCGUGCGCGAGCAGCGACAACUCGCGGUGCGCGCAAUCACGACCCACCCAGGCGUGCUCGCGGUGCUGGUGCUGCUGUGCCUGGCCAGCGUGAAGCGACUGCUGAGCACGGGCGGCGCGACGGGCGACGCAGCGCUGCUCCUGGCCGCCGCGUGGGUGGGCGGCGGCGCGCUGGCGCUGGUGGCGGUGCGGUGGCGGCUACGCGGCUACGACGGCGCGGCUGCGCGCGUGGACGACGACGGCGCGGCGUGGCUGGCGGCGCGCAGCGUGCACGGGCUGGCGGCAGCAGCAGCAGCGGUGCGCGGUGGCCGCGGCGACGAGGUGGUGGUGGCACGUGGUGCCGGCGGCGCGGUGGUGGGCGCGGUGGUGCUGCGCGUGGCCAAGGCCGGGCCGGACGCUGCGGCGGCGGGCAUGCUGGCGGGCGCGGGCGCGGGCAUGGGCGCGGGGCGGCAGGCCCGGCGGCGCAAGAGCUCGGCGCGCUGGACGGGCUUCGUGCGCGCGUGGGCGGUGGCUGCUCCGCAUCGCCGCGCCGGCGUGGGCACGCGCCUGCUCGAGACCGUGGCUGCCAACUGCCGCCUGCGCGCGCUGGACGGGCCCGUGGCCGCCGCCGACCACGCCCACGCCGCGCGCGUGCUGCCCGCCGUGUUCAACGCCGUCUUCGACCGCCGCGACCGCUGGGCCCGCGCGUUCCUCGAGCAGGUCGUCGCCGUCGAGCGGGGGUUAUAG